CGCACAAUGUCGGUCACGAUAGUGCUUUUCUACACGUUCGUCACGCUGUUCAUGUUUCUGUCGUACAACCCGAAGCCGAAGAAGAUCAUCGAGUCGAUCCGUAGCUUCCUGUUGCAUCUGCUGAAUGGCUUUCCAACGGAUUGCAGUCCCUCCUCGUCAUCCUCCUCCUCCUCGUCAUCGUCUCCGUCGUUGUACGGGGACCAAGACCGGCCACAGGUGCCACAGGUGAAGUCCAUCUGGAAUAUACCGGGACCGCGGCGGUUGCCCUUGAUCGGUACCAAGUGGCUGUACCUUACCGGCCGGCAGCGCUACUCGAAGGUCCACGAAGCGUUCCUGGAGCUGCACCGGCGCUACGGCAAGAUCGUGCUCGACGUCGACACGGUCCCGAUCGUGAAUCUGUUCGAUCGUGCCGACAUGGAACGGGUGCUAAAGUACCCGAGCCGCUUCCCGUUCCGGCCGCCGACGGAAAUCAUCGAAACGUACCGCCGCAGCCGCCCGGAUCGCUUCGGGGUGACCAAUCUGAUCAAUGCCCAGGGCGAGAAGUGGCACGAGCUGCGGAUGAAGCUCACCUCCGGCAUCACUUCCCGGCGCAUCCUGCAGUCGUUCAUUCCGUCGGUGAACGAUAUCUGCGACGAUUUCGUGGACUUGGUGCGCCGCCAGCGGGCCGAAGACGGGACGAUACGCAACUUCCAGGACAUCGCCAACUCGGUCGGCUUGGAGAUUAUCUGUUGUCUGGUGCUGGGGCGCCGUAUGGGCUACCUGACGACGGACCGGCGGAACGAGAAGUUUAUUCGGCUCGCCGAAGCCGUCAAGGAGUCGUUCGUGUACAUCAGCCAAAGCUACUAUGGGUUCAAGCUGUGGAAGUACAUGCCGACGCGUCUCUACCGCAACUUUGUCCGCUGCGAGGAGAUCAUCUACGACACGAUUGCGGAGAUCGUGUACGAGGCGCUCGAGGAGGAGCAGCUCAACUGUCCGGACAACGACGUGAAGCACAUCUUCAUCAGCAUCCUGCAGAGCGAGGGUCUCGAGACGAAGGAGAAGAUAUCCGGCAUCAUCGACCUCAUCACCAGUGCCAUAGAAACGCUUUCGAACACGCUCUCGUUCCUGCUGCACAACCUGAGCCAAUCGGCGGACCACCAGCGGGCGAUCGCGCAGGAGUUUGCGCACUGCGCAAAGAGCAUCACCAACGACGACCUCGUGACGGCCAGCUUCACCAAAGCGUGCAUCCAGGAGUCGUACCGCAUCUCGCCCACGACGCCCUGUCUGGCGCGUAUCCUCGAGGAAGACUACCACCUGUCCGGGUACAGUCUGCCGGCCGGUACACUCGUCCUGUGCCAUACCAGAGUUGCCUGCCAGAGCGAGGAAAACUUCCAGCAGGCGGACCAGUUUCUGCCGGAACGGUGGCUCGACCAGCGGGACGAAAACCACAACGUCUACAAGCGCCAGGAAGCGGGCGCCGGCAUCGUGCUACCGUUCGGGACCGGCCGGCGCAUGUGUCCCGGACAGAAGAUUGUCGAUAUCGAGCUCACGCUGCUGGUGGCAAAGAUUUUCCAAAACUUUGAGAUCGAGUACCGUAGUCCGCUCGAUACGCAGUUUCAGUUCCUGCUGGCCCCGCGAACACCGAUCGAGGUUAGGUUCCGCGAUCGUACCUAGCGACCAGCGGCGGGAACGGUUUGCUUCUACCUCGUAGACCCGUAGACGGUACCCUAUGAUAAUGUGAUGUAACCCCCGGGAACCCCCGCUCGGCGGGGGGGGGAAAGCAAGAUAGAGCGCGAGCGAGAGAGAGAGAAUGAAAGAGAUCGUAUGAUCGAGAUAGACCGUACCGUUAUCAUGUUGAUCGAAAAUCAUAUUGAUUACAUCCCCAAUGCCAAGAGUUGCAUUACCCUUCGCCACUGCAUUUGCCACUCUGCGACGCGACCCGAUUCCCGUUCGAGGUGCAGAAGCAAAGCGCAUGCAAAACACGUAACCACACUGUGAAAGACUAACUAGAGACUGUAGCUAUUUGAUAUAAUCGUAGAAUGGCGCGUAAGAUAUAGGGAAAGGUUGGACGGAUCGCGUCUUCGCCUUUAAAAAAUGCAAUCCCCAACCGCCGGACCGCCAGGCGGCCCGCGCCGGUUACACGAGGGUUAAGCCCCGUAGUCGUACCAGUUGAUAGUGUAAGUUGGCUCGGGUGGCAUUUUUGCUGCCACCCGUCUAUUCUUUAUUUAUUCUGUAAAC